UUUCAGGAACUGUGUACACACAUUGCCCCGGCACUUGCUUAUAGGACAAUCACAGCUGAGAAGAAAGUUUUAUUAACAGUAUGGAUCUUACGUUCCAGAGAAUCAUAUGGUGCAGUUUCGGAAAGAUUUGAUGUCAGUAAGGGCUUCCUUCAUGGGAUUUGUAGUUCAGUGUGUAGUGCUUUGGCAGCAAUCCAGAAAGAUUUCAUUAAAUUACCUGAACCACAUGAAUUUGAUAGAAUUGCUGAUGGAUUUUACCAGCGUUGUCAGUUUCCUGGAGUAGUUGGAGCAAUAGGCUGUACUCACAUUCCCAUCCGGGAACCCUCAAAGAAUACAGAAUGGUUCAUAAAUAAAGAGGGAUCUUUUAGUAUUCAGUUGCAAGCGGUCUGUGAUGAUCAAUUAAAGUUUCUUCAUGUACAUACAGGGUGCCCAGGAUUAUUAAAUAAUGCCCAAGUUUUCUUCGAUAGUCCACUUUUUACUCGAUUAGAAGAUAAUUAUCUUCCUUCCACUAAACAUCUUCUUGGUGAUUGUUCUUAUCCCUUGAAAUUGUACUUACUUGUGCCUUUUGCUGAAACUGACGAAAUGACAAAUGAGCAAAAAAGGUUUAAUGAAAACCUCGCAUACACCCGUUCAGAAGUAGACCUUGCCGUUAAACUUCUGAAACAGAAAUUUAAAAGGCUAAAGUUUCUUGAUAUUAAACAAGUGGAUGAUAUGUCUAAAGUGAUAAAAGCAGCGUGUGUACUUUAUAACUUUAUUCUAUAUAAAGAAAAUAUUGAGGACGAUGUAAAAGAAUUAGAACUAGUUGAGGGACAGGAUGAAUUUGAGGUGGACUUGGCUCCUGAACCUUAUCCAGUGAAUUCUGAGACAAUUGAAAGUGCCCUUACCAAAAGAUUGGCUAUUGCAAAUUCACCAAUGAGCUUGCAGGAAUGAAAAUGGAUAAUGUUCGUGACUUAUUUUAACUUUGAAUGUAAUUAACAGAUGAUUACUCCUGAACAUCUGAUUAUUAUUUUGAACUAUUCUAUAACUUUGAGUGUAAUUAACAGAUGAUUACUCCUGAACAUCUGAUUAUUAUUUUGAACUAUUCUAUAACUUUGAGUUUUUUUUUAUUGUUUACCGUUCAUGAGUGUGUAUUUGGAAAGCACUGGCAUUAUAUUUACUUUUGCUCUACUAUCCAGAAUGAUGCAGUAUCACCUAAAAUUAAUUGGCCUUAGGUGAAGUACGUUUUAAGUCUUCAUCAUAAGUUAGUGUCCUUCAUGGUAGGCAAUCUCUUAACCCCAUUAAGUCACAAAUACAAUUGUUUCCUCUACAAUUCUAUUUUGUUGUGUUCAUGUUAUUAUCAGUAAGUUUUAAUCAUCACCUAUUCAGUUGCAAACCAUUACUUCUGAAAAAACCGGGACAGUGAUACUGGUAUUCUUACACUGCCAGACCUACAAUUGUGUUGACAAUUCUUAAUAUUCAUUAUGUUAAAAUUUGAGUACUGUACAUAUGUCAGGGAUGCCACAACUAUUAUCCAAAGAUUGUGAUAUUGUAUAUAAUUCAUGUUUCAGACAAUUUAUAAAAUGCUACAGUAAUUUUAUUCAGUGUGUACAUAGUAUUCUUUUCAUGAAUACCAAAAGACUAAUUAUUAAAUGUAUUUAUAACAAAUUUCUUUUGAUUAGUAAUGUUUUGUAUAUUUUGAUCAUAGCAUUUAUUUAGCCAAGUUAUUAAAAGGCUAGUUAUUUUCUGUAAGAGACCAACAUAGAUUUAAUUACCAUUUAUUUUGUUGUUUUCAUGAAUAUGGCACUUGGUAACUUUUGCUAAGAGAAGCAAAGGUACAACAGUCUUUUUCCCAUAAUUUUCUGUCGAUUAUAUUUACUGUAAAAUGCUUUUCUUUGGUAAAAUAUGUUGGUAUGAUAAGUUAAUGAAUAAUUUCACUUGCUGCCUUAUGAAAGGAAAUACCCAAAGCCAAAGUUCAUGGAUAUAUUGGGUCAGUGAAACUUUACUGCUGGUGAAGAGAAUAGGGGAGAGGUAAUGGUAGGCUGAACCUUAAUACAUGAUAGUAUAAGGAAGUGAGAUUUUGAAUGGACCUUAAUACAUGAUAGUAUAAGGAAGUGAGAUUUUGAAUGGUAGAGUUAAAAAGAGAAACCCAUAAUCCAUCUCCUAUUAUUCUACAGGCCACAGGACAGUGGUGGUCACUGUAACAUGUGCUACAGCUGGCAGUGAAUACCAAACCUCAACAUGAAUCUUGGUUCACCUACAAAUACUGUAAAGGAGUAGGGGCUAAUUUAGCUUCCUCAAAAUGCCUUGACAUGAUUAUUGUGCAGAAAACAGUAUUAGUUUAUUACUCACUACAUACGGGUGAAAUAUAGUACAUACAUAUUGGGGAAAAGGACUAUGGAGAUGACCAUAUUCAUCACCUCCAACAUCAUGUGACACAAAGGGCCUUCCUGAAAUUCCACUUGUCAUGUCUUUCUUAUACUCUUACUUCAGUUACUCUCCAAGUAAAUCUAGGUCUUCCUUAUAUAAUUACAUAACACAAAUUUCUUUAUGCUUUGAUACAAUAUAGCAAUUCUGGAUGUUUAAUUUGAUGUACCAACAUCAAACAGAACGAAAUAUAAUCUAGCAAUAGCAGUGUGAUGUUUCAAUCAGGCUCACACAGACAAUGUAUGAUGCAAAUUUGAUGGCAAAUGAGUUGUGAUUUCCAAUAUCAAAGCAACCUUAAAUUUUCAGUACUAUAUUGCUCUCCAUAUUAGGAGAACCUUCACUAAAUAAGAAACAAUAUACGUAGAAACCUUUUGUAAAGUGAUACCAGUAAAUUCCAGCAAGUAUGCUUUCAGUGAAAACAAACUCGUGAAUCAAGUUUGCUAUCUUCUCUCAAGCUUGAUGCAAUUCAAGGGAGUCUUUCAAUAUAUGAGAAACAUCACUGAGACCUCUAAGAGUGAUGCCAGCAGGUUCCAUGACACGUGAGAGUUUGGUCUGCCAUCUUUCUGUCAACAUUUUUAUAAUUUUUUGUUUCAGCAAGAAAUGUCAGGAACCUUUAGCUAACAAAUCCCAGCAAGUAUGUGAGCUGGGUAGGCAACUUAGUUUUUCAAUAUCAUUUACCUUGCCAAAACUUGUAAUCAUAAAUACAAUGCACUGGUAGACUGGCUUCUCAUAAGUUGUUUUUUUUUUUUUGCCCUAAAUUAUGUAUGUAGAGAAAACAGUGAAAUAGCUAACCUCAUGUGACCUGAUUAAUUCCCAAUACUAAACAUUGUCAAAAUACCAAAAGAUCAGUAAAAUAUAUACUGUAUGAUACCUGCAGAAUAGAGAACAAACAAACAAAACUAGUGUUUUGAAGCAGCAUUUUACAAAAUAAAUAAUAUAGUAUAAUCUCUUAAUAACCAGCAAUAAAAGCUUUACUGCAGGCAAAGGUCUUUACCAUGCAGUGUACUUAGAAAAUGAAUCAAUAAAGAUGGCAAGUGAUUAAGUGAAAGUAUGGAAAGAAUUACUACACUGAUUUGAAAGGCUAUAAAUGCUGAAAAUGUUUAAUACUGUCAUAUAGGAAUCAAAAGUCUUGGGAAUUCCUGCAAACAAUCGGAUCCCUAAGGAGCAUGCACAAGAAUACCACUACUAUACUUUUCUUUUAUAACUUAGUUGGGGAGUAAGCCUACAAACUACGCACUGUGUUGUUGUUGUAGUUUGGGGGGUAUGAAAGGUCUAUGGAAGAGCCUAAAAAAGUUUGAAAAGUGUGUGUUGUUUUGAGUUAAAGGUACAGGAAUUUCAGGAUAGGAUAUCUUUGAUUUACUUAUUAGAAUGAAAAUGUAGUAAAUAAAGUGCAAGUUAAACAGUACAGAAAAAUUAUUUUAAUAAAAUAUAGCAAAUUUGUUUUAAUUUUCACUGGUGAAACAAGGCUAUAAGUAUUUGACCACAGAUUUUAGCAUGUUUUAAUUUAUUUGGUGCACUGAAUUUAGGCUAUAUUUCUGUUAGAUUAUUUUGUGCUUCCACUUAUAACUGAUAGUAUAUAAACAUAUUUGUGUCGUUUUUAUAUGAUCCUUGUUUUUUAUACAAAAGUUUGCACGAUCAGUGAUUUUGGGAAUUGUGGUUUACGUUUGAGCUGUAUGACAGUGAUAUGUCUAGAAAAGCAAGUCUUAAUCAUUUACAUGUUAGAGCAGAAAGUUGCUAAGGUGAAGAGUUUGGCCAGUUGACCUCUUGUUUAUUGAAAAUGCUCUUCUCUCAACUCCCAGACUGGUUUUAAUACACCUCAUAAAGGAAUGACAUUUAUGACAAACAUAAGGGUCUUCAUUCAUGAUAAUUCUUCCACUCAGGGUAUAUGUACUUUGAUUCUUGGGAAAAAUGCAUCAUUCUGGUGAUUUAGCAUAAGAAAAUACGAGGUUAUUACAUAUUGAGCAUAAAUAUAUUAAAAUGUAUAUAUAUUGGGUACCUAUGAGGAAACUUAUUAGCUGUUGAUUAGAAAAAGAUGUUAUAACUAUUUUUAUAUUAGUAGUAUAUCUAAACAAAAUGUGUAUGUACGUACAUGAAUAAA